AGAGUCGAGACGCUUUUUACACCUAUAAUAAUCAGUAGUCCGUAUAUCAUUUCGGUCUCACCCGAAGCCUGAGUAGGCUUUUCGCCUGUUACUACUCUCACUCCUAUUACCUGGUGCUUUAUAUCAUUAUCGUCCAAGCUGGCCGGUCUGUCAUUUUCAAACCAACCGGAGCAGUUACAAUGGUCCAACCCCGUCUCCCCAGCGAGGACGUGUCGCAUUUCCUAUCCAUACCGUGGUGUGCCGCUCUCCUCGCCCAGCCAGACGUCCACACUUUCGUGCCUACAUCCCGGUUGCCCGAGGAUGACGCGCGGCAUUCCCCGAGCCGAGAUCAGCUCUUCUCGAAAACUCUCCGCGAUGCCGACGCCGUGCCGCACUGCAUCGGCUUCUACAAAGUGCCGUCUCCGGACGCCUCUCCAAACGCCACCCCCCACUCAGCCCCGAUCACCGCGGCCUCACAAGCGGCGGACCCCGCUUUCUUGGUCCGAUCAUGCUCCCUCCUCUUCGACCUACGGCCCGGCGUGAUCGGGUUCGCCGGGUCCGUCCACGGCGGUCUCAUCGCCUCGCUGAUAGACGAAGCCAUGGGGAAUUUGUUCCUCGCCAAUCAUUACGCCCAGGGGUGUGAAAUGGAGGCAAACAGGCCUUUACCGCCCGGGACUAUAGAUGUGGAUAACGCCCGGUUUCUCACGGCGAACAUGACGGUUCGCUUUCAAAGGCCUUUGCCCGCUCCCAAGGUUGUCGUGGUGACGUCGUCACUCGACAGGAUAGAGGGCAGGAAGUUGUUUCUAGCCGUGACGAUUACGGAUGAACAUCUUGUCGAGUUUGCCAAAUGUGAAGGGAUGUGGAUGACGGUGCCGCGAGAGAGGAUGUAGUAAGACUCGUUAGGUUGAAGUUGUUCUUUUGGCAUGUAUUAUAUCUGGUACGUUGAAAGAAGGGGGAACUUUGUCAGGGAGGGGAGGUGCAGUCGAUGCGCAAGAGGCCGGAGCCCUACGUCUGGCCAUUGCCGUUGGGGAAUUGCCCGCUCCUUCAUUGUAUGCCUGCGGAGAAGGGGUCAACGAUGAUUAAGUUGUCUCAAGGUGAGUAGGCCAAUCCAGUUCUCCUUCAAGCAUACUAUGAAACCUGCGCACAGCCUAGAACUCCGUUUUCUCCGACUCUUGCUACACAAACACUAUUAAAACCCGUACG